UGAAAACCACAUUCCGCGGUCGCGUCGCGAUACCGGGGUCUUCAUCACCGAACUGCAUCACGGUGCCACCGCAAAAGCGCAACCCCGGCAUCGCCAAUUCACAAUGGACAAGUACAACAAAUUUCUUGCGGAAAAUGUCCUCACCGAGGACAAAGUGGUCACGUAUCGGCUUUUAAGCCGGGCUCUCCAGGUUCACGUCAACACGGCGAAACAGAUGUUGUAUGACUUCCACAGGAGCCAGAAUGCGAAACGCCCUGGAGCUGUGCAUGCCACAUAUCUGGUGUUCGGCACUAAGAAGGACGAUGAUGGCCCGCCAGCGGCAAGGAACGGCGGCGAUGUUGAUGUGGAAAUGACGAGCUCAGCCCCCGAAGCCGAGCAGCCCACAACAGUCGUGCCCACGUCCACGCUCUCACUGGUCCCCGAAGAGCAACUCGAAGAGACCCUUGCGAACUAUGAGGAGGUCACUUCUAUUCACGUCUACAGCAUAGGGCCUCAUCCGACGAAGGAUUUGGCUUUGCUUGUCGAUGCAGCCAACGAGGCCCUUAGCCUCGAUUCCAGCGAUUACCAAAAGAGCCUCGGUCCUAUCAACAACCCCAGAGUGCGUCGCAGGGAACGGCAGGGGCCCGGGCUAAAAGCUGCCGCUGCUGCUACGACUGCUGUGAAUGCUCCAGCCAAAUCCGCAUUUCCAAAGACUGCACUAGCGCCGGCAUCAGGGAAAGUCAAGGAGGAGCCGAAACCUGCUCAGUCGGUUCAGGAGACCGCUGAGAAGGCUUCUUCAGGACCAACGAGAAAGGCUGCCCCGCCCUCGAAGCGUGGUGCUGGCUCCGGGAUCAUGCAAGCAUUCUCGAAAGCAGCCACAAAACAAGGGCAGGUCAAGAAAGCAGCAGAGUCUUCACAACCUGCUGCACCCAGCGGCGAGGAGAGUAUGCAGCCCCUGUCCGAUGAUGGCGAGGACGACGAAGAGUUGCCACAACCGAAACCGCGCAGCAUCUCAGGGACGAAGAGCAAGAAGCAGAGGGAGGAAGAGCUCAGACGGAUGAUGGAAGAGGAAGACGAGGAAGAUCAGGCCUCGGAGGAGGCGGAGACGCCCCUGGAGGAGGAGCCAAUGGAGGAGGACCUGCCAGCACCGGAGCCAGCCAAGGAGCAGGAGACUGAAGUCGUCACCUCGUCUUCCAACGGUCGGCGGCGGGGCAAGAGACGGGUCGUGCGCAAGAAGCAAAUCAUGGAUGAGCAAGGAUAUCUUGUUACCAUCCAGGAGCCAGGCUGGGAGUCUUUCUCGGAGGACGAGCCUCCCCCGACUACCAAGCCGAAGACGACAAGCUCAGCUCCCGCGGCACAAGCAGGAAAGCCAAAGAAGGGCGGACAAAAGGGGGGCCAGGGCAGCAUCAUGUCGUUUUUUUCGAAGAAAUAGCACAAUUCAGCUGGGAUGCGCAAAGGACGAGCAUCCGUCCCAGUCAGCCCUGAUUCAUGUGCCGAGAAGGAUCCUGGAGUGGCCCGACAAGCCAAGUGAAGAUCAUCGACAGUGUACACGCUUCGCGGUGACUGCUUCCAGCAACAUACCCAGUACUCAGUAAACGUGCCUCUAAAGCAAGUCAUGGCGCUUAAGGAAUCUUUUUCAU